AUGGAGUUGUGCGGGCCCACCUAUCUGACCACACCUCUGUCUCCCGGGCUGCGUCGCAAGAAGAUGAUGUGGCAGAAUGCGGCCAAACACAUCAUUAUUCAGCGGGAGCUAAGUGCCCAGAUUGGUGUGGAGCCAGCACGCAAGAUAUUUGUGACAGACGCCUACAUUGAGGAGAUCAACAGACAGAUCCGCAACAAAGCUUCACGGGGGGUCACUAAACGGCGCUCAUCGGCAGUUCGCAUCCACCCGACCCACGAGCGGGGAUCCACCAGCACACACGGCAGUCUUGGGGCUACUUUGAACGACUAUGCCAGUGAUGCUGACUUCUUUGUGCGCUGGGGCCACACUCUGUGCGGUGUCUACAUACCCACUUUGAGACACACCUUCAAGUCCCGUGAUCUGGAGAAACUCUACCAGCAACACUCGUCUCACCAACGACGCACCUCAUUAGCUGUCACCAACGUCAUUGACGCAGUGGCCAAGCUACACAUACUAGUCCUGUACCUGGCACUGGCCCCAGAGGCUGUCACAGACACACUGCGUGGCUGGAUGACUGGCUUUUUCAUGGCAUUGGCUAUAGCGCUGUGCAUCCUGGUGUUAACGUGCAGAGACUCCCUGUCUCCAAGCUGGCUUCGCUACGCUGGCCUGGCAAGCUGGCUGUCUCAAACUACGCAGGUGCUUGGUCGGCUGGUAUAUGGGCUGGAGAAAGACCCAUCAUGGUACGUGCUGUUCACGUUAUUUGCCACCUACACGCUGCUGCCGUUGCCCCUGCUCUGGGCCAUGUGCGCUGGCUCCCUCACCUCAGUGCUGUACCUUCUGGUGGAGAUGGUGCGGUGCUACAAUGACGCUGUGCUUCUGAGAAAGGUAUUUGCCAAAGGCCUGCUGUUCCUGUGUAUGAACACGGCAGGCUUGUUCAUUCACUACCUGACAGACCGUGCCCAGAGACAGGCUUUCCUGGAGACACGGCGCUGCAUCGAGGGACGCCUCAAACUGGAGCAGGAGAACCAGAGACAGGAGCGUCUGGUGUUGUCCAUCCUCCCUCGAUUUGUUGCCUUGGAGAUGAUUGCAGACAUGAGCGUCUUGGAGGAUGAGCUCAGUCCCCAAGAGUUUCACAAGAUCUACAUUCACCAGUAUAGUGAUGUCAGUAUCCUUUUUGCUGAUAUAAAGGGUUUCACCCUGCUGUCAAUGAACCUUUCAGCCCAGGAACUGGUGCGAACCCUUAAUGAGCUUUUUGGACGCUUUGACCACCUGGCAGAGGAGCACCAUUGUAUGCGGAUAAAGAUACUGGGAGACUGCUACUACUGUGUUUCUGGGGUUCCCGAACCCCAGCGUGCACAUGCCCGCUGUUGUGUUGAGAUGGGCCUGGCUAUGAUCAGCACCAUACGGCAUGUGCGAAAGCAGCUCAACUACGAGAUGAACAUGCGGAUAGGGAUCCACUCGGGCUCUGUCCUGUGUGGGGUGCUGGGACUACAGAAGUGGCAGUUUGACGUCUGGUCCUGGGAUGUGGGUAUCGCCAACAUGCUGGAAGCAGGAGGCAUCCCAGGACGGAUCCACAUCUCCAGGGCAACUCUGGACUGCUUAGGGGGCAUCUACCAGACGGAGGAUGGUCACGGCCGUGACAGAAAUGAGUUUCUACGGAAAUACAACAUUGACACUUUCCUCAUCUGCCCCCAGGAAGACGGGAUGGCCAUUGACCAAACUCAGCCUCCCAAAACCCACAAAAACAGCCACAGGUGGAAUCCAGAGCUCCCCUUUGGGAAUAUCAUCGAUAUGAACUGCAUCCUGGCCUCUUUUACCAAUGGCUCACUACCACAGCUACCCAACGCACGGCAGUCCGUCACCAAAGAGAUUAACAAGCGUAUUGAGCACGCUAUUAAGGUCCGCAGCGGCGAGCGCAUGCAUAAAGAGCACAUCACCCCCAUGGCCUUGGUUUUUAAGGACACACACAUUGAAGGCAAGUUCUCCCAGAUGAGAGAUGAAAUGUUCAACUCCAACCUGGUGUGCUCCUUCAUCAUGCUCGUCUUCCUAAUGGCUGCCCAGGCUCUGAUCCCUGCCCCCAGACAAUACCCGGCUGUGAUCCAGUUCUCGAUCUUUCUGCUUGCCUACAUGCUGCUGCUCCUGCUGGCCCUGGCGGAGGAGUUCAAGCUGGCUCCUCCAGCAUUGCAGCACUUCUGCUGCUGGAUCCACGAAAACAACAGUGCUCGCAAUCUCCUCACCCUUACAGCCAUCACCAUCAACUUUAGCUCGGCCUCUGCCGACAUGGUCUGGUGCAUUAUAAGGGACACAGACAAAGGCAUGCCCGAAGUGAUGGACAAAGAAAGCACAGCCUCACCAAACCAAUGGCCUCUCACUGUCUGCACUUACCCAGAGUUCUUUGUGUUAAGCGGGGUGAUUGCCAUGGUGACCUGCGCAGUCUUCCUGCGUCUGAGCUCCUUACUGAAGCUUGCGGUGCUGCUGCUGACAGUGGCUGUCUAUUCCUACCUCAUCCACCUGGCCUUCCAUGCAUUCAGUCAAGAUGUGCCAUACAGGUCUCACUAUCUCCGGAGGAAAGGAAUCUCCAUCCUUCUCAUGCUUAUGUUCCUUGUGGCUGUGUUCUACAACGGAAGACAGUGGGAGGCCACGGCCAGGCUGGACUUCCUGUGGCGUCUGAAGGCCCAACAAGAAGUGGAGGACAUGAGGGAGCUGCGAGAACACAACGAGUGUCUGUUGCACAACAUCUUACCCGGGCAUGUGGCACGACACUUCCUGGAAAGAAGCAAAAAUGAUGAGGAGCUUUACUCCCAGUCCUACGAUGAAGUGGGAGUUAUGUUUGCCUCCAUAGCUGGAUUCAAUGAGUACUACGAGCAGAAGGAGAUCAAACAUGAAGGAGUUGACUGCCUCCGGCUGCUAAAUGAAAUCAUUGCUGGCUUUGAUGAGUUGCUUGAGGAAUCAUACUUUCAAUACGUGGAGAAGAUCAAGACCAUCGGCAGCUGCUACAUGGCAGCCUCUGGGCUGGCACCAGACAAGCAGAGGUGUAUGGAUCAAUGGAAUCAUCUGAGCGAGCUGGUUCUCUUUGCCUUGGCCAUGCAGGAGACCUUGAAAGAGAUUAACAGGCAUUCAUCCAAAAACUUUCAGCUUCGUGUUGGCAUUGCCCAUGGCCCCGUGAUUGCAGGAGUGAUUGGUGCUACCAAGCCGCAGUACGACAUCUGGGGGACCACAGUGAACUUGGCCAGUCGCAUGGACAGCACAGGUGUUAGCGGGCGUAUCCAGGUGCCUGAGGCCACACGCAAGAUCUUAGCAGAGUGGGGCUUUAUCCUGGAGCUACGUGGUGAAAUCUUUGUAAAAGGGGUGAGCGAGCGCCAGGGGAAGGUCCGCACCUAUUUCAUCAGCACCAUGCGGAGAAAGAGAGACAACGUUGGGACGGGGGGCCACUUGGAGUCUCGAGCCGGAGGUCGCACCACGCUAGCUGCUGUGGUGUACAGUCUGGUGCAGGCCAGACACAAGGAUAAGAUGAGAGAGUCCAACGGAGGAUUCAGUUGCUCCCAAGGGCCACUUUAG